UUUAUCUCUAUGCUCUUGGAAUUAUUAAUAUUCGGUGAUAGAAACAUAACCUAUUAUUAUUAAGAAGGGGACUUAACCACUUUACUAAACAAGUUUUUUAAAUAAAAACAAAACAAUAUUUCACAUUAAAUAAUCACAAUGCCGAAGAUAAAAGCUGAAAAGAAAACAAGGGUCCAUGAGACUAUUGCAAAACAAGGUAUACUUUUCAAUAAGGAUUUCGGUCAGCACAUAUUGAAAAAUCCCAUGGUUAUCAAAUCGAUGGUGGAGAAAGCAGCAGUCAGAUCAACAGAUACAGUACUGGAAAUAGGUCCUGGUACAGGAAAUAUGACGGUGGCUUUGUUGGAAUCGGCAAAGAAAGUUAUUGCCUGUGAAAUUGACACAAGAUUAGUUGCAGAACUGCAAAAACGUGUGCAAGGUACUCCUUUGAAACCAAAACUUGAAAUUUUAGUUGGAGAUGUUUUGAAAGCAGAUUUACCAUUUUUCAAUUUGUGCGUGGCCAAUAUUCCCUAUCAGAUAUCCUCACCUCUUGUUUUCAAAUUAUUACUGCAUCGACCAUUUUAUCGAUGUGCAAUUCUUAUGUUUCAAAAAGAAUUUGCACAAAGAUUAGUGGCUAAAAAAAAUGAUAAAAUGUACAGUAGGUUAUCAGUGAAUACACAGUUAUUGGCUAGAGUGGAUAUGAUUUUGAAUGUUGGAAAGAAUAAUUUUCGACCUCCUCCUAAAGUAGAUUCAGCAGUGGUUCGAUUGGAACCAAGAAAUCCACCUCCACCUAUAUCAUAUAUCGAAUGGGAUGGCCUGACAAGAAUAGCAUUCACAAGGAAGAAUAAAACUUUGGGAAGUGCAUUUCGACAAACAUCUGUACUCACAACUCUUGAAAAGAAUUAUAGAACUCAUUGCAGUUUACAUAAUAAGGAUAUCCCAGAAGAUUUCAACAUUAAAAAUAAAAUUGAAGAAAUAUUGGAGAGUUCAAAUGCAGAUAAAUGGAGGGCUGCUUCUAUGGACAAAGACGAUUUCAUGUCGUUGUUGCUGGCAUUCAACAAGAAUGAUAUUUAUUUUGCAUAAAUACUAUGUACAUUAUGAUAAAAAAAAUGGGGAAAUUGUAAAUAAAAUAAAAUUGUAUUCAUA